AUGACAACAAACUGGCCGAGCAGCUGCAUCCGCGCUGUCUCGCAAUACCGACCUCCCACCUACCGAUACAAUGCCAAUCCCUUAUCCCGCUCCAUAGUAGUUUCGCACCUCUACCAAUCCCGCUCAUACGCGACACAAAAUUUCGAAAUCGACCUCGAGCGACACGAAAAAGCCGCCCUGUUCGAGAUACAGCGCCUUCGCAAACCUGAUCCUCUCAAUCCACCCCGCUCCACUAUACCUCCGCCCCUCAAGCUUCCCGAACAAGGUGAUGGCAAUAUCGCAUUGUACUACAUUCGUCUUGGCAGAGCAUAUGGCUCUUUCUACUGGAUGGGGGUAAAAGCAGUGUGGUUCAAUCGCCAAGCUGCGGAAUUGCUGAAAACACGCAUCAAGAGGCAUCGCGCAUACAACGAGAAUGUGGAUGUGACGAGGCAAACUGAGGUGGGCAUGACGAGGAGUGAGUUUCAGUUACUGGUGAGGAAUAAUCAUGACAUUGGGAAGUUACCCUUCUUUGGCCUCUUGGUUGCAUUAUUCGGAGAAUGGUUACCAUUGAUUGUACCUUUUAUUCCUGCUGCUGCACCGGGCACAUGCAGGAUUCCAAAGCAGAUUGAAGGCAUGAGGAGAAAGAGUGAAGAGAGGAGGGCAGCUUCCUUUCGAGCUGGAAUAGAAGAGCCUACAGUGGAGGAGACGGCAGUCAGCAAGGCACAGACGUCAGCUUGGCCGACAACACACACGCAGUAUGCAACGAAGUUGCUAGCUAAGCUGAGAGACGACCAGCUUCUACAUCUGUCGUCUACCCUCAAUCUGCAUAAUCGGAUGUGGGAUCGUUUGCGGAUUGCACCGCCUUCGUCCAUGCUGAGGAAACGGAUCGUGAAGCAUGUAAGCUAUCUUGCACUUGACGACUCGCUUCUGCUGCAGCAAGAAACGGCGUCCAAGGCACUCGAAUAUGCCGAAGUACAAAUGGCGUGCGAGGAGCGAGGACUGGAUGUAUUGGGAAAACGCGAGGAAGUUCUUCGAUUCACUCUCCACGAGUGGCUCGAACGGCGGAAAAGAGAAGGGGGCAAGGGCAAGUCGAUGCUGAAGAUGCUGUUUAGAAGACCGAACGCUUGGAACACAGGAAGCAGAACACAUGAAAGGAAGAAGACUGUACAGUAUCCGUACAGUGGCAUCGCACGCAUUUCCCCCAACGAACCAUGGAUGCCAGUCAUGACCAAGUCCAAGCCCUGGCGCCACUAUAUGGCCGAUUCUGUCAUCCAAGAUCAUUCCCAUCAGACGAGGUCUAAUCAGCUCUAUCGAACAACUCCAUACGACAACUCCGAGAACAAUUCCAACGACGACCCCGAGAACAAUUCCAACGACAACUCCGAGAAUAACUCCAACGACAACUCCAAGAGCAACUCCAAGAGCAACUCCAAGAGCAACUCCAUACGACAACUCCAUACGACAAUUCAUUCCAUACGACAACUCCAACGACAACUCCAACGACAACUCCAACACCACCCCACAUUUAGCCUACCCCAGGAACUCCAAGACCAGAUCAUCGACCUGGUCACCGCCACGCCGCCAAUCGUCACCAUCGGUGCUCAAUACAAGCCACCAAUCGGCCUUCAAAUCUCAAAAGAAGUCCGCAAGAGAACAGCUCGACACUUCUACGGCAAAGGAAAAAUCUUCCAUCUCGCAUUCGAGAGUCCAGACAAUUGGAUCGAAAAGCUAGCGAAAUGGCUCGGCAGUCUCCCAGCGGAACAUGGUAUUUUGAUUGAGCAAGUCAAAUAUUAUUGGGGACAUUCGAUUGGAAUUUAUCAUGAGGUUGCCGUGGGCGCUCGAAGAGCUCGAAGGUUUCGGAUCCAAGUCAAUCAGAGAGCGCGCACUAUGCAGCGCGAUAUUACACGGGCGACACGACACAUGUCUUGGCGCUUCAAUAGCUUCGAUAUCCUGCGCAGGGAGGUGUAUCAUUAUGGUGGUGAAGGACCGGAGUACUUUGAAUAUCUUUCGCUGCGGGAGCUGGCGAGCCCGCUUUUGCUAUCUCGACAGCUUGACGAGUCGGGCAUUGUGGAUCUGUGGAAUCAAAGUCUAGCAUACAUGUAGCAACAGUGUCAGCGAAAUCAUCAGCAAGGAGCGCAGUUGGUGCGGUUAAUCAAGAGCUGUCAGAUCCAUCAUCAUACAAUCUGACAUUUUCAGAAUGCUCGACGGAGGAGGCGACUAUCGGCGGGGCGUUGGUACCGCUAGAAAGGCUUGAAUGAUUGAGGUGGAGGAAAUCGGCAAUCGUGU